CUUUGUCCCGCUGCCUCGUGAGCGCUCAGCUCAGCCUUGACGCUUGGCCGAGGAGCGAGAAUUUCGUCUGCGCUCAUGCUGCUCGUGGCCCGUCUGCGCGCUGCCGCGGCGGAGAGAGCGGCGCGUUGCGAUGCACGCUGCAGAUCCGCAUGUCACGCUGCGAUGCUGCGCUGGAGCGCCGAGGCGGCGCAUGUGCCGAUGAGGGUGCCUGCCCUGCGCCUGUUCGUACGCGCAGCUCCGACGCCCGUGCGCUGCGGCUGCGAGGGCAGUGCGGCAGCAGAGCAGCACACCAAGGCGCCGAGGCGAGGCACCGACGCGGGCGCAGACGCGGCCGGCAGCAGAGCAGAGGAGGAGCAGCGGCAGGCCGUUUGCUGCUGUUGAUCUGGCGGCUUAGGGGCAUCUUUGCUUGCACCCUCGCGCGAGCAGCGAGGCGCGCGAGGGUGCACCCGCACCGCGUGGCUCGCCUGUGGGCGGACAAGCGCGCUUCUGGCUCGCCAGCGCCGCUCUUCCGCGGCCG